AUGGCUGCCCCUAUCCCUCUCAAUGCGCCCAUUCCGCUCCCGUUGCCGGUUUUCAAGUCUAAUGAAUAUUACACCGACUCGCAGUGGCAGACGCUCUUCGCGCUGCUCGACGCCAUCAUACCAUCCAUCGUGGUUGACACCGAAGUCACAGACAAGAAUAACCAAUUAAGCAUUACAGAGGCACAGUGUAGGGAAGCUUAUGAGCGCACCAAGAGAAACUUGAAGCAUGCGCCGAGUUAUGACAAGUUCAAGGAGUAUCUGCGGGUCCGACCUGUCGACAAUCCCAACUUCGUGGAGGAGACCAAGCGCGUGAUUGGGAACAUCUCCAAGGGCAACAAGAAGGAACUUGGCGUUGUCCUGAGUGUCUUGAACACCCGACUCGGCAGCCUGGUGGCCACCGGCUCCUUGCUACCCUUACAGGAGCAGUCCCUCGAGGUCAAGGAGACCAUUUUACAGUCCUGGAACCAAGCCCGGUUGAACUUUUGGCCCAUGCUAGGUGAAUCGUUCUUCAAGAUGGCCAAGUCCACUUUUUUGCAGACGGAUCCCCUCUUCCACGAAAUCAGUGGCUUCAAACACCACACCGAGGACUACAAGCCCGGCUCCGGGUUCGAGUACGAGUUCAUGCAGUUCCCGGCCGGAUCCGAGACCGAAAGAGUGACCGCGGAUGUCGUCAUCGUGGGAUCGGGCUGCGGAGGAGCCGUGUGCGCCAAGGUCCUCACCGAGGCGGGGCACGAUGUUGUGGUCGUCGAUAAGGGGUAUUACUUUCCUCCUUCCCAACUACCGAUGACCCCUCAAUCGGCGAGUGAGUACCUUUACGAAGGUAAGGGGGGCAUGCAGAGCGUUGACCGCUCGGUGGGGAUGCUUGCUGGCAGCUGUUGGGGAGGAGGUGGGACCGUGAAUUGGAGUGCUUCCCUCCAGCUUCAAGGGUUCGUUCGUCAAGAAUGGGCAGACCGAGGGCUCGGGUUCUUUACCAGCCAGGAAUUCCAGGAUGGAAUGGACCGUAUCUGCGAGUUUAUGGGGGUCACUGACACCGGCCGGCCUAACCACGGCAACAAGGUCAUUCUCGACGGCGCGCGAAAGCUCGGCUGGCACGCAAAAGCCUGUCCUCAGAACACGGGGGGCGCAGAACAUUACUGCGGCUCGUGCCAUGCGGGUUGCGGCUCUGCCGAGAAACGCGGCCCGUCCGUGAGCUGGCUACCCGCAGCUGCACAAGCCGGGGCCCGAUUCAUUGAAGGGUUCAAUGUCUCGAAAGUGCUUUUCGACGAGAGUACCGGGUCUGGAAAGGCCGUUGGGAUCGUGGGCGAGUGGACAUCAAGGGACGAAGACGGGAGAGUCAACAUGUCUGAUUCUGAGGGCGUUUUUCGCAGGACAGUUGAAGUGAGGGCGAAGAGAGUCAUCGUCGCAGGUGGCACCCUGAACAGUCCUCUGCUGUUGACAAGAAGCGGACUGAAAAAUCCUCAUAUCGGCAAAAACCUCUACUUACAUCCUGCUGCGGGCAUACACGCAACCUUCGAUGAGGAUAUAAAGGGCUGGGAAGGCGGGAUCUUGACGUCUGUCUGCACGAGCUUCGAAAAUCUAGAUGGUAAAGGCCACGGCGUCAAGCUGGAGGCGUCAGUCAUGGCCCCGCACAUCCUGCUCUACGAACACCCCUGGGAAAGCGCCCUGCAAUGGAAGCUCGACGCGCUGCGCUACCGGCAGAUGGCCAACUACAUCUCGCUCGUGCGCGACCGCGACACGGGCCGCGUGUACGCGGACCCGGACGACGGCCGCCCCGUCGUCGCCUACACGCCGUCGGCCUUCGACCGCGCGCACCUGCUCACUGGCCUCGUCGCCAUCGCCAAGCUGUGCUACAUCCAGGGCGCCACCGAGAUCUGGUCGCGGAUCCCGGGCGUGCCGUCGUUUGUGCGGCGGAGGCCUGUUGUUUCUAGUGUGGGUGUGGGUGUGAGUGUGGGUGUGAAUGAGGAGGGGAAGGGGAUUGCGGGGCCUGGAGAGGGAGUGGGAGAGGGACAUGCAGACACCGACGACGACGACAUCGCCCAGGGCAUCAACGACCCCGACUUCGUCGCCUGGCUCCGGCUCCUCGAGAAGACGGGCCUCGGCUCGCCUAGAGCGACCUUUGGCUGUGCCCACCAGAUGGGCACGUGUCGCAUGAGCGCGCGGCCCGGCGACGGCGUCGUCGACCCCCGGGGCAGGGUCUGGGAGGCCGACGGCUUGUACGUGGCGGACGCGAGCGUGUUCCCGUCGGCGAGCGGGGUCAACCCGAUGAUUACGAAUAUGGCUAUUGCGGAUUACAUCGCUAGGGGGGUUUCUAGGGGGUUGAGGAGGGUGGAGUUGAAGUUGUGA